UGUUUGUGUUUCCUCCAGGACGUCAUCGCUGGUGUCCUGUACAGUGUCCUGAUCCUGCUCAUCUUCCUCCCAGUCCUGGACCUGAUCGACGGCUUCAACCUGACCUGCCGCUACGCGCCGCUCAUCAUCAUCUCCCUCCACCUGGGCCUGGGCCUCUUCUCCUUCACCCUGGACACCUGGAGCACCUCGCGGGGCGACACCGCUCAGAUCCUGGGCACGGGGGCCGGCGUGGCCCUGGCCUCCCACGUCAACCACUACCUGGGCCUGCUGCCCGACCCGACGCCGGACCAGCUCCCGUUCGUCUUUCCCGCCCUCAGUGUGGGCCUGGUCAGCGCGGCCCUGCUGCGGCUCGUCCUGGGAGUCCUGGUGCUGAUGGCCACGCGGGCGCUGAUGAAGACCAUUACCAUCCCGCUGGUGUGCUGGGCGUGCGGCGUGCCCAGCGGCGACGUGAGGAAGGCCAGGCAGCACAUGGAGGUGGAGCUGCCCUACCGAUACAUCGUGUACGGGGCGGUGGGCUUCAACGUGCUCUUCCUGGUCCCGCUGCUCUUCAGCUACAUGCAGCUCUCCUGACUGGACGUCCCCUCACUUCAUGGUCAGUCGUUCAAACGGUGAAGUGACGCUGCAGAACCUGACCCGCUGCUGUUGUCAGAUCAGUUUAGCUGCUUCUCUUUGUCUAAAACCACUUCCUGUUCCCGAGGCAGCUGCGUCCAGGCCAGAGAAGAAGAAUUAAAGCCUCAGCUGCCAUUUUUAUCAGUGUCACAGUUUUCCCUCCUGUUGGCUCGGAGUCACUUUCAGAACGGACCCAACAGGAGCAGCUGUUUGCUCCUAACAGCGUCCCAGUGUUCGUCCUGAUGAACAGGAAGUUCAGCAACUUUAACCUUGACCACCUCCACCCACGUCGACUGAUCUCUCUGUGCUCUUCUUUAGAUUUAUUUAAAAUCAAACGGCUCCGGUCUGAACCGAGGAGACGCUGCGACGUCAGAAGCUGAACUUCCACUCCUCCUCCUCCUCCUCCUCCUCCUGCUUUACUCUUUUUGAAAAAAACAAAACAAAAAUAACUUUUUCACAGUGGCCUCUUAAAGAUGGAAAAUGCCACAGAUUGCUACUGACAGACGACCUGUGUCUAUUUACUUUUUUUACUAAUGAUUAAUGAUAAUCAGGCUCAGACAGAGAACCAGGUGAGAAGACGUUCACCUGGUGGAGCAGUUUUCAGCUCACGAUUAUUUCCAUCAACAUUAAUCUGCUGAUUUUCUUUUCAGUUCA